CAAACUUCUUGUCGAGCUUGGCUUGUUUAUUUGCGUGGUUUUUUAAAGAUUUCUACAAAUUUAAAUCUAUUUUGCGAGAUAUAUAAUCAGAAAUGAGUGAAAAAGAAUCUGCGGGACCUUCUGCAUCAGGCAAGGAAAUGACAUUCGCAGAGAAACAAGCAGAACGCAUGAAAAGACUGCGCACUCUGCACUCCGCCAGAAAUGAGGCUAGAACACAUAAUCACCAGGAAGUCGUGGCAGAAGAGACUAGAAACAAGCUGCCCGCGAAUUAUGAGGCCAAGCGACGCCAGGCGGAGUGGCUCGUCGACGACCAGAAGAAACGGGACGAAGCGGUGUCAGAAGGCAAAGAUUACGACAGAGUGAAAUUGCUGAAUAUCUCCGCAGUUGAAGCGGAGCGUUUAGAGCGUAAAAAGAAAAAGAAAAAUCCAGACCAAGGGUUCUCUACAUAUGAGCAAGCGACAGUUAGGCAGUACAACAGAUUAGUUAAAAACAUGCCAACAGCAGAUAUGGAGCAAUACGAGAAACAGAAACAAAAGUACGGCGAUGCGUUCUACGGCGGUCCUAACGUGAUCAUCCACGGCAUGCACCAGGACCGGAAGGAAGCUGUCGACAAGAUGGUGAACGACUUGGAAGGCCAGAUCGCCAAGCGCGCGAAAUAUUCGCGCAGACGUAUUCAUAACGACGACGCGGACAUUGACUACAUUAACGAGAGAAACGCCAAGUUCAAUAAGAAGCUCGAGAGGUUCUAUGGAGAGCACACGGCUGAGAUUAAACAGAAUUUGGAGCGUGGUACUGCCAUUUAAGUUAGUUGGAUUAUCAUUCGCCCCUUGUCCCAUUAACUUGGGGUCGGCACAGCAUUUCUUUUUCUUCCACACCUCUCUGUCGCCCGUUAUCUCAUCAUCACUCACGUUCGUUUAAUAUCAUCUCUCACACAGUCCAUCUACCUUUUCCUCGGUUUUCCUUUCCUCGUACUUCCCUCCACAUUUAUUUGUAAUUAAGUUAGAUAAGAUUUGUAAAUAGUCAAUAAAUAUAUUGUAUCUAAAUGUUCUUAUAAAA